UACUUCUUUUCGGUGGUGGUGUUUGUGAGUUUGUGUCUAAGGGUGCUGCUGUCGGAGUAAUUCAAUCUUUGCGGAAAUCGAAAGCAAAUUCAGAAACAUCACCUCAAAUACACACCACUCACAUUCGAGACGUAAAGAGGGAAGCAGCGUGAAAAAUCGUGGCGUAGGAUCUGCAUCGAGACGAGAAGAUCAUAGAAGCGAAACAUCAACAGAGAAACCCUCUUUAGAUGUUUUGUGUGGACUGUGGUAUUAUGCUAGGCGAGAAUGUUGAACGGCAGACGGAUCGAUGAGAGGACGGGCCGCAAAUCCAAGAUACCCGUGCCCAUUUUCAAAAUGAAAUCAACACUGUGUCCGCAGGAGGAUCAUCUGGUGAUCAUCCUCGAGGCGCCAGAGGCGUUCCGCAAUGAUGGGGAUGUAUCCGAUUGCGGCCUGAAGAAUGCACAGGAAAUUUUAGCGGAUUAUGCGGGAAGCCGUGAGAACGAUGACAACGAAGAACAAGAAGCCGACUACCACCACCAUCGAAACGGAUCACCGGAUGCCGAAGACCUGAUAACCAUGUGGUCGCCUCAUCAACAUGCGGCUCACAACCAGCCACAAACUGAUACAACAGAGAAGCCAAGACACGUGGCCCCAUGUCCCAGAGCAAACGGUGACACAGUGGAUAGACACGAAGGUUACCAGUCUCGUUCUCCAUCGCCCAUCGAGAGGCCGGUCGCUUUAGCAGCGCAUAACAGCAAUUACAUGAAGCAGUCGGAACAGCAGACGCGAAUGACGACGAUCCACAUGCCCACGGCGACGGUGGCAAUAGCAACCCAAGAAGAGGAGGAGGAGGAAGACGAGAAUGAAGAUGGAGAAGAGUUGAAUGUUGGUGGACCCGUUGAAGAUGGUUGCGAUGCGCGCGUGUGUUCAGUAGGAGGACAGACAUCGAUCGGCGUCGGCGUCGUCGCGGUCUGCGCAUCGACGGCGUCGGGGUGCAGUCGCGUCUCGGACGCCCCGGCCUCCGCACCGCACCAGCAGCAGCAGCAGAUAACAUCGAGCAUAUCACCAAACCUAGGACCCAACAACAACAGUGAAAGUGAAACCAGUGAAAGUGCACCUCCACCGGACAUCUUGGACACGAUCCGAUCGCUGGAAGCACACACACAGCCCUACACCCAAUCAGAUUUUAGUCUAGAAUUCAUCCAGACUAUUCGCCAACUGAAAGAUGACACCGCAAGGGAUGAAGUCUUGUCUAGCAAAAACUUGAACCGCCGCACCGAGGGCCGCUUGAAGAAUCUUGAACUGAAACUUCUUAAGGCCGGAAUAGUGGAUGCUAAAAAACAGGUGGUCGAUAAAGACGCCAAUGAGAACCUAUUAAUCUGCGAAUUCGAUCCGAAAUGCUUUCCUCAGCAACUUGACUACAGUGACUUCAUUUACUACGAUGAGCUUGAAAUGAACAAUAACAAUUGUAGUAACGGCAACAGUAGCAGCAACAACAACAUGGGUACGGAUAGUGAACGGAAGCAGCACAAUCCGGACCGCAACAAGCUGCGAUCUCUUCUGAAGGAGCCGGGUCCAAGUACUAAGCUGCAAACGAACCGAGUCGUCUUCAACGAGGACAAGAAUGAAUUCUUCGACGCCGAUUACAUAAUUCUAAUUCGCGAGGACUGCGACUAUGAUGAGGAAGAGGACGAUGGUGUCUGUACGUGCAAUCAGCACGAGAUGGUCAGGCUCACAUGCUGCGAACAGAAUUGCAAUUGCGGAGGACCAUACGACUCUGGAUACGAGCAAACACCGCAGAGCCCAAAAUUUGCUCCUCCUUUGGAAUUUGUGGACGCCGUCACGCUCAGUCCCCCAGAAGGCUAUAAAGACAUGGAACUUGGAGAGCAGCAGCUCCUGGCUCUUCAGCAAAUCACCCGACGGGGACAAAUUCCCACGGCGACAGCUGUUUGCAAAGAAUGUAGCCUAGAACACGACGAAGAUGGGGGAUCAGAGGACGAACAAAUCUCCGACCAAGAAAUUGAAAGGGCAAAAAUGGACCAAAGUCAACAGACCACCCCAACGACGCCUCCAGUUGAACCCGAAACGAGAGUUGCCAUGCCAGCAAAGAUACCGGAGAGGAGACAGCGGAAGGAAAUGCUAGAAGAUGAAAGAAAGGAGUCUAGUCCUAGUCCCACUCCGAGUCUACAGCCCGGAGGCUCUCCAAUUAGUGGUAUUCUGAAAGGUGGGAGACUUUGGAAACAGCAGCCUGCAGACGUUAACAAUAUGAGAAGCGAGUUUCUGCAUCAGCAACAACAGUUACAACAACAGGUUUACGACAACAUAACGUCGGACGAUGAAGGUGGAAGCAAGCGUUCCGUGCGUUUCAUCGAGGAGGAAGAGAAACGUGACCUAUGCGAAAAACCAUUGAAAAAGAUGGUCGAGAGCAAGGACGAAGUUGAUUCGAAUGUCCCGACGGCGAGUCCUGAAUCCACCGAGAUGACCCUCACGUUCAAGUUAGGCAAUCACGUGCUGAUUUCCAAUAAUAGCCUAAAGCCGAACUCAGCAGUUCGGCAAUUGUUCCCAUGUACUAAACCGCUGGCCGGAAAACAAGACGAAGGCGAAUCGGUACAUCAAUAUUUGGUGACCGCCGAAAGCCUCAAAGCUUUCGAGGAAGCGAAACGUUCGAAAUUGCCACAAAUUAUAGGCGAAGCAGACGAAUCCAUUAAAAGAGCCAUCGAGCGUAAUACUUUGCGUCGCUCGCUGAUUCGCUACGAACCGCGUAGCAAGAAAAACACAAAGACCGACAACUCACUAGUCGAACGUAUUAAGCAGUUGACUUGCGACGUGGAUGAACCUUUGGAGAACCAGCAAGAGAAGGCACGUGCUAGUCCUCCGGGCGAAGAAGCGAGGAAUUCACCAGAAAUAUCUGCAGUUAAAAACUCCCCUUCCUCAUCGUCUUCAUCGACGUCUUCAGUAUCGUCGACUUACAGAAAGAUCACUGAUUUGUUCGCGAAGCGCGAUCGACCUGAUAUUCAGAUUGAAACUCAAGUCAACAACAAGCAGUUAAACACAGGCGUACCAGAUUUGGGAGGACCUCAGGAAACACACAAUACUGUAAUUAAAGUCAACUCGACGGAAAGCAGGAAGCAAUUUCUCUCAACUUUAGCGCCGCUCACGGCAUGCGUAGGCGGAGCUGUUGCUGCAGACGACUAUUACUAUCACAUGAAUACCCAAGGAGAUAGGAUGUCUAUGGCCAGCUCCGUUGGCACUGAAUACAGUUUAGAAGAUAUAGAGGAUGGUCUAAAGAAGGACGAGGAGGAAAGUAAGAGGAUAGCUCCAGAUGUUUUAGUUGGCACGCCGUCCGCUUCGGAGUCCGGAGAUGAACUUGCAAUGUUCGUGCAACAGGAUGCUAGCCGCAUCGAGAGGAUCAAGAAGAAGUAUCAGCCGGAUGCCGAGGAAGACGACGAGCAUGAUGAUUACGGUUUCAAUAGGAGACCCAGCGUGAGAGGAAUUAAACCUCGUUUCGGUUCAACGACGGAAAUUCUGCAGCAGAUCCAAAACCAGAUGCAGCCUCCGACGAGUACGCCGCCCCGAAACCCCCCAGUGGCUUGGCCUUAUUAUUCGGAGACUAAUUUGAGUGGGGUUGACAAUAAAAUUAGAGCUCAACCACCCACCUACCAAUAUGUCAGCGAAGAAAUAAAACGAACCUACGCACAGUAUAGGCCUACCACUUUAGUGGACGAGAACAUUUACCAAAAUUGUGCGAACAGAUGCCCACAGCAAGGAACGUACAGAACGAACAUUUAUACAACUAGAGUCGCCGCACCACCAGACUAUUAUCAAUCGCUUCCGAGGAACGCCACUCGACGGCCUCAGUCACCACCGCCUCAAGAAGUUUCCAAAGGCUACCAUCAAACUAUGGUCUACAUCCCAUACAACCACAUCGAACCGUAUCAACCUUAUUAUCCAGCUUACACCCAGAACUAUCAAGUCAGGCAGCAGCACCAACAGCAACUACAGUACGCACCUCGUUCAGACUCACCCCAGCAGCAAUUUGCACGUUCCACGCAGACUUAUUAUCCGCGUUACAGACCGCCAAACGGUUACCAGCAGAUAAACAGACACAGCUAUCCCAGAUAUCCGCCAGAUAACUGUUCGAUAGCAGAUAGCGAAACGUACAUGAAGGACUCGAUGCCAAAUUCUCCAACGAAACCUCGCUUCAUUGAACGCGGAGUUCCCGAGGGUGCAGCAAGCGUAUCCCCGCAGGACAGCAACGUUGCUGCCACGAUGACUUCUCCCACCUCUCCGCAGAAUCCCACCAAACCCAUGUUUUACGCUAUGAAUGUCUGACCAAAUGAAUAGGUCAACAUUACCGUGAGGAUUUACACAAAACCCAAACAAACCAAAUGAUCUCCUGAGGCAAAAAUUAUUACGGAACAAAAUAACAAAAAACCCAAUACCGACGAAGGCAGUAAAUAAUUUU